AUGGCCGAAACAUUUUCUGAAGACCUAGUUGAAGAUUUUAAAAAUCUAUAUGAGACCAAAGAACGCUAUGACACAAUUAUCACUGUUGGAAAAGAACCAAAUGUAGAACCAAUUCAUGCUCAUUCUGUAAUUCUUUGCACCAGAUCACCUUAUUUUCGCAGAGCAUUAUCUGAUGAAUGGGCUGAAAAAAAAGAUGGUUAUUUUAUUUUAUCCAAACCUAAUAUAAGUGCAUUAAUUUUUAAGAUUAUACUCAAAUUUUUGUAUUGUGGAAUAGUGGAUUUGAAUAGUCAAGAAGUUGAAAUAAUCUUAGAGCUUCUAGUUGCUGCAGAUGAACUUUUAAUUCAAAAACUUGUUAACUUUGUUCAAGAAUUUUUAACUGAAAAUGGUUGUAAAUUCUUACAACAAAAUCCCAUUAAAAUGGUUCAUUUUGUUACUCAUAAUGAACAAUUCAAUGAACUUAAAGAAGCUUAUUUGGAAAUCGUUUGCAAAAAACCUAAAUUAUUAUUUGAUUCAGAGGAGUUUCUUUCAUUAGAAGAAGGUGCACUAAAAUUGAUUCUUAAAUGUGAUAACCUCGAUAUGAAAGAAUGUGAUAUCUGGAAAAAGCUGGUUGAGUGGGGACAUCCAACUGAAAUGGAUCAUAAAGAGCUCAUGCCCGAAGUAUGGAAAUAUAAGCACCUUCUUUCGGAACAUUUAAUUGAGGAUAUACUUACUUGCUUUUUAGAUUCCAAUGUCAAACCAUUAUACAACACAUUUCUCAUCAGAUGGGGCAACUUUAAAAUCGACUCAGUAUUAAUUAACAAGGAGAUUGCAUUAUUAUUGAUGAAAUGGAUAGAUAAAAAAACUAUAGAUGAUAAGACUUCGAAAGGAUUUCAAUACAACUUUAAUCUUCUUUUUCGAAGCAGUCUAGAUGGUCUUUCUUCAAAAACUUUUCAUCGAAAAUUUUCAGCAUCAACUGCGACAUUUAUUAUACAGCAACCAUGUAAACCCUAUCGACGAGUACUUGGAUUAUUUAUUAUUAAUUUGAGCGUUCUUAAAUUAGCAUUGGAGGAAAAAGUUUAUGCUCGUGGAUCAAUUCCAGAUUCUGUAUGGGUGUCUAAUCUAGAUAAAUUUUUGAAAUUCAUUGUCGGUCGCCGAAUAAAAAGGGUAAACGAAUGGAUUGAAAAGAAUCUUGCAAGAUUCUCUAAAGAAAAUAAUGAAGUUAUUAUUACCAACUUUGCCUUUGAACGUGAAAUAAACCGCCUCAGUUUAUUCUGGGACAUUUGUCGUCUUAAAUGUUAUAAAUGUGGCUUAUCCUGUCUCAAAACUAGUCGACAUGACGACAACCCAGACGAUGCAAUUCAUGACUGUCUAACCGAUCACGAAUGCCAUCAUGAAUGUGAAUUCAAAGAAAAUCAUCCUGAUGGAAUCAUUCCAAUUUGUGAGCACUUUGCCGCGCAUGAUGGUAAACAUGAAUGCUCAUUUUUACAUUUAUGUGGUGCCCCUUGUAUUUAUGCUGAAAAAAAAAAUUGUCAAAGAGGUCUAUGUGCAAAAGAAAAUGGGCAUGAGAAUACAAAAGGAAAUGAGGCUCAUAAGUGUAACUCAACAAUACAUUAUUGUGGAGAACCGUGUUCGUUAAAUGCUAUAACAGAUAAAGGAAAAUAUGAGUGCAAAAACGAAUGCAUGAUACCAUGUGAGAUAGAACAUGAUGUUCAUAAAUGUCAAAAAGAUGUGUGUCCAAUUGAGUGCCCGAUAAAGAAUUGCCAACGACAAUGCGACAAUAAAAAUCAUUUCCAUGCUUUUGAAGAAAAUGCGAUUCAUUUUUGCGGAGAAGAGCAUGAUUGUCAAGAAAAAUGCGAGGAAGAUGGUAUCUGUAAAAUAGUGACGGAACCAACAUCAAUUGAAGCUGAAUAUGUAAACAG